AUGUCGCGAAAUCAGUGGGAUGACGAAGACGAAGAGUCCACGCCUCCUUCCUCGCCGCCAGUCGUCGCUAUCGCACGGCGCAGCAAGUUUGAUGACGAAGAAGCCGAAGACAGCGAUGUUCUGGAGUCUUGGGACGCCGCAGAAGACUCCGAGGUAGAGCGCGAAAAGGAGAAGAAGGCGGCAGAAGCCAAAGCCAAAGCCGAGGCAGAAGCGAAGGCAAACCACAAGACGAAAGCGCAACGGAUCGAAGAGCGACGGCUAGAAAAUCUCCGGCGGCAGCAAGAAGAGGAGGACGAGAGCAGCGAGGAGGAGGAAGACGACGCGACGAAGCGAGCACGUCUACGCAAGACCGAGCAGGACGCCGACCUCAAGAACGCAGAAGACCUCUUCGGCGCCAUCGGGAUCUCGAACGACCGCUCCGCAGCCAAGCCCGUCACGCUACAAGAUCCGAAGGAUCCCACCAACGCCCUCGAUCUGUCGUCCCUCUCCAUCUUCAACCCGCAGACCAAAGACCAGUUCGUCAAGCUACGCGAGACGCUCGUGCCGCUCCUGGCAUCCAAUGCGAAGAAGGCGCAGUAUGUGCUGUUUAUGCAGGAGUUCACCAAGCAGAUCUGCAAGGACCUGCCGAGCGACCAGAUCAAGAAGAUUGCGAGCGGGCUGACUACGCUGUCGAAUGAGAAGAUGAAGGAGGAGAAGGCGGCGGAGAAGGGGGGCAAGAAGAGCAAGGCGGCGAAGACGAAGACCAGCUUGGUGGCGGCGAGGGAUACGACGCUUAAGGCGGAUACUACGGUUUACGACGACUUUGCGGAGUAG